AGUUUAGUUAGAGAUCCCACGAAUCCAGUGGCCGCGCUCCCGAAGGCCAAGGCGGAAGCAGGGCGGCCAAAACUGGAGAAUCUCGGGGGCCGGGCGAGGAGGAAGGACUCGGGGCUUAGGAACAGCGCGCGCUCGAAGAUUCGGCUUCGGGGAAGAGGCAGGGCAAGUCCAGGGUGCCGGGGCCGGUAGUCCGGGCUUCUAGCCUGGAAGAUGCACAAGAGGAAUGGACCCCCUGCACCCCCGGGCCGAGGCGCUGUCACCGCCCGCCAGCUUGGUCUGCUGGUUGACUUCUCCCCAGAUGGCCUGAUGAUCCCUGAGGACGGGGCAAAUGAUGAGGAACUGGAAGCCGAGUUCUUGGCUUUGGUGGGGGGCCAGCCUCAGGCCCUGGAGAAACUCAGAGGCAAAGGUCCCCUCCCAAUGGAGGCCAUUGAGAAGAUGGCCCGGCUCUGUAUGAGAGACCUGGAUGAGGAUGAGGAGGGGACUGAUGAGGAAGAUGUGGAGGCCGAUGAGGACCUGCUGGCAGAGCUAAAUGAGGUCCUUGGAGAAGAACAGAAGACUGUGGAGCCCCCGAUGCCUGUGGCCCAGCCUUCAGGCUCCAACCAAGGAGUAGAGGCCACACUGCAGGAGAGGCUAGCCCUCUACCAGUCUGCAGUGGAGAGUGCCAGGGAAGCUGGGGACAGUGCCAAGAUGCGACGCUAUGACAGGGGGCUCAAGACACUGGAAAACCUGCUGGUAUCCGCCAGGAAGGGCAACAUUAUCAAUGAGGCAGACAUCCCACCGCCUGUGGCCUCAGGGAAGGGACCAGCUGGGCACAGCAAUGCCCAUGCUACUCCCCACCUGGCUCCUGUAAAUAUGCCAGCCCCAGAGUCCAGUGCCACCUUGGAGGCUCCAUCUACCAUGGCUCAAACCUCUACCAAGCCCCAGCUGCCCUCAGGUCCCUGCAGCCCCUUAGCCCAGUUGCAGAGCCUCCAGCGGGAAUAUAAAGUGGCUGCCCUCCAUGCUAAGCAUCAGGGUGACACCGCUGCAGCUACCAGACACUUAAGAGUAGCCAAGAGUUUCGAUCCUGUCUUGGAGGCCCUGAGCCGUGGAGAACUAGUGGACCUGUCCCGCCUGCCCCCUCCACCUGACCAACUGUCCCCAGAAUCCCCCUUGCCAGCAGCCCAACCUUUGGCUCCUGCCUCAGCACCCACCAGGCCAGAGGUUCCCCAGCCCCCGAGGAGCCUCCUGGAGGCACUGGAGCAGCGAAUGGAGCGGUACCAUGUAGCUGCAGCCCAGGCCAAGGCCAAGGGUGACCAGCGGAAGGCACGCAUGCAUGAGCGCAUUGUCAAGCAAUACCAGGAUGCCAUUCGAGCCCACAAAGCAGGCCGAGCUGUGGAUGUGGCUGAGCUGCCAGUGCCCCCAGGCUUCCCCCCGAUUCAGGGCUUGGAGACUGCAGAGCCCCCCCAGCAGAGCCUGGCGGGGGUCCUGGAAACUGCCAUGAAGCUUGCCAACCAUGAUGAAGGCUCUGAUGAGGAGCAGGAUGAGGCUCCUAAGAAGCAAAACACGACUGCUGCCUCCACAACCCAGCUGAAGUCCUCACCCUCCAAGGCACCUUUGUCAGGCCCAGCCCCAGCAGGCAAAACCGCACCCAAGGGCACAUCCACCAGGGCCCAACAGCAGCUGGCCUUCCUGGAGGGCCGAAAGAAGCAGCUCCUGCAGGCUGCGCUGCGCGCCAAGCAAAAGAAUGAUGUAGAGGGCGCCAAGAUGCAUCUGCGCCAAGCCAAAGGGCUAGAGCCCAUGCUAGAGGCCUCUCGUAAUGGCCUGCCUGUGGACAUUGCCAAGGUGCCGCCUGCCCCUGUCAACAAGGACGAUUUUGUACUGGUGCAGCGGCCUGGCCCAGGCCUGUCUCAGGAGGCUGUGCGACGCUAUGGGGAGCUUACCAAACUCCUGAGACAGCAACAUGAAAUGUGUCUGAAUCACUCCACACAGUUCACCCACUUGGGCAACAUGGCUGAAACUAUUAAGUUCGAGAAACUGGCAGAAGAUUGUAAGCGGAGCAUGGACACCUUAAAGCAGGCCUUUGCCCGCAGUCUGUCCACCCCUUCAGCCCGCUUUGAGCAGAGGACCUUCAGUGUUAUCAAGAUCUUUCCGGACUUGAGCAACAGUGACAUGCUCCUGUUUAUCGUGAAGGGCAUCAACUUGCCCACACCCACAGGGCUGUCCCCUGGUGACCUGGAUACCUUUGUCCGGUUCGACUUCCCUUACCCCAAUGUGGAAGAAGCUCAGAAAGACAAGACCAGUGUAAUCAAAAAUACAGACUCCCCUGAAUUCAAGGAGCAGUUCAAACUCUGCAUCAACCGUGGCCACCGUGGCUUCCGAAGGGCCAUCCAAACCAAGGGCAUCAAGUUCGAAGUGGUCCACAAGGGGGGCCUAUUCAAGACUGACAGGGUGCUGGGUACAGCCCAGCUGAAGCUGGAUAUGUUGGAGACAGCUUGCGAAGUCCAUGAGAUCCUGGAGGUUUUGGAUGGUCGCCGGCCCACAGGGGGCCGGCUUGAAGUGAUGGUUCGGAUCCGGGAGCCACUGACAGCCCAGCAGUUGGAGACUACAACUGAGAGGUGGCUGGUCAUUGAUCACCUUCCAGCAGCUGUGAGCACAGUCCCUGGGCCCAAAGCAAAGGUGGCCCCCAUACCUGCCUCUUCGAGGGAAACAGGGAAUAGAUCAGCACGGCCCCUGCAUAGCCUUAGCGUGCUGGCCUUUGACCAAGAGCGGUUAGAAAGGAAGAUCCUGGCCCUGAGGCAGGCACGCCGGCCUGUGCCCCCAGAAGUGGCCCAGCAGUACCAGGACGUAGUACAGCGUAGCCAGUGGCAGAGGGCACAGCUGGAACAGGGGGGUGCUGCCAUCCGAAGGGAGUAUGCAAUCCAUCUGGAGCGCCAGCUACACUUCUACACAGAAGCUGCCCGGCGCCUGGGCUAUGACGGAAGCAGGGAGGCCGCAAAGGAGGCAUUGUACCGGCGGAACCUGGUGGAGAGCGAGCUGCAGAGACUCCGCAGGUGAGGCCAUCCCUGGACUCCAGGCCCCACAGCCCAGUGCCAGGCCGAGCUCCAGGGCCACCGAGCAGACAAGCAGACAAUCAGCGGACAGUUGGUUCUGGACUCGCCCUGUCCAGGCCCCUGGCCACAGGGGCAUUGGGACAGCACUCUCACCCCAGCCUGGCUGGUUGGGCCUUGGAGAGUCUUGUUUGCACAUCCAGGAGCAUCUGGAGCAAGGAGGGUAGCUGGGUCACAAGCCCAGAGGGCCCUGCAAGCACUUUACUUCCUGCCCCUCCCCAGUCUUAACCCCACAGCCCUCUCCAAAGAUGCCUCUGAGGCUGUCAAGCUCAGCUGGCUCUCUAGGGACUGUGCUGGCCCACCUGCCCCCAUCCCACUAGGGCCAACAGAAUAAACGGCCAAGGCCUGCCUCGG